CGUCCUCAGUGCAGGUCAACAGGUAACUGUCUCAACAUGGCUGCCUUCCUUCACCACUGCCCCUUUUUCAAGUCUGCCACUAAGCCAGCUUUGAGGAGGUCAAGCCCAUUGCUGUCUCUGGCCAAUCAAUGUCCCAUCAUUACACGUCAGAUCAGCAUUGGGGGGUCAAUUGCCCUGAAGGCUGAGAUGAGCUCCUGCCCUGUCAGUCCUGACCGUCGCCGACUUACCACGCUGGAGCAAAGGAGGAUGUUUGCUCAAACAGCUCCUCAGGUGGCGGAACAGGCAGUAUCAAAGGCUUGUCCUUUUGUCACUUCCCGCAUUGGGAUGGUUCAAGCCUGCCCUGAAGUGCAGGAGGAUGUCCGAGAAGGCAAUAUGAUUUCUCUGUUGAAGGAUUUAAAGGAGUCAAUUUUCCCCAAAUCACCCCAAGAAAACACAAUUACUCACCUCCUCAAAGACAACAUGGUUGGGCCCAGCUAUGAUUACGACCACUUCUUCUCAGAGAUGAUUGCAGAGAAGAAGAAGGACCAUACUUAUAGAGUCUUUAAGACGGUAAACCGGAGCGUCAGCUCAUUUCCUUUUGCUGAAGAUUACUCUGUGUCUGACCGCGAGGGCUCCCAAGUGUCCGUGUGGUGCAGCAAUGACUAUCUUGGGAUGAGUCGGCACCCCCGGGUCCUCAGCGCCAUCAGUGACGCCCUGUGCAGACAUGGUGCAGGAGCAGGAGGCACCAGGAACAUUUCAGGCACCAGCAACUUCCACGCCUCUCUGGAGAAGGAGCUUGCCCAACUCCAUCAGAAAGAUUCCGCUUUGGUCUUUUCUUCUUGCUUUGUGGCUAAUGACUCCACCCUCUUCACCCUGGCCAAAAUGCUACCAGGUUGUGAAAUCUACUCUGAUGCCGGAAACCAUGCCUCAAUGAUUCAGGGCAUCAGGAACAGCGGAUCCAAGCGCUUCAUUUUUCGACACAAUGAUAGUCAACACCUGGAGGAGCUUCUGCAGCGCUCAGACCCAAAGACUCCCAAAAUAGUCGCAUUUGAGACGGUGCAUUCAAUGGACGGCGGCAUUUGUCCCUUAGAGGAGCUGUGUGACGUGUCUCACCGUUAUGGAGCUCUAACUUUUGUAGACGAAGUUCACGCUGUUGGCCUGUAUGGUGCCCAUGGAGCUGGAGUGGGAGAGAGGGACAAUGUAAUGCACAAGAUUGAUAUUGUGUCUGGAACUUUAGGCAAAGCCUACGGCUGCGUGGGAGGCUACAUCGCCAGCAGCGCUGCCUUGGUGGACACAGUGCGCUCCUUUGCAGCUGGCUUCAUCUUCACUACUGCCCUGCCACCCAUGGUUCUGGCUGGAGCGCUGGAAUCCGUGCGGGUCCUUAAGGGCCCCGAGGGACAGUCUCUGCGCAGAGCCCACCAGAGAAAUGUCAAACACAUGAGGCAGCUACUAAUGGACAAGGGCUUACCUGUGGUCCAUUGUCCCAGCCACAUCAUCCCCAUCCAGGUGGGCAAUGCAGAGCUGAACACCAAGGUGUGCGACACCCUGCUGGAAAGACACAACAUCUACGUGCAAGCGAUCAAUUACCCUACAGUGCCCCGUGGAGAGGAGCUACUGCGCCUGGCUCCGUCUCCUCAUCACCAACCUGCCAUGAUGGAGUACUUUGUGGAGAAACUGGUAGAAGUGUGGAAUGAGGUGGGACUGAAGAUAAGCAACCCUGCGGCUGCUUCCUGCACCUUCUGUGACCGCCCUCUGCACUUUGACCUCAUGAGUGAAUGGGAGAAGUCCUACUUUGGCAACAUGGAACCCCAGUAUAUUACUGUGUCUGCAUAG